GGGGCCGAAACCCCCACGCCCGGCGGCCGCCUCCGCGCCGCGCUCCCCACGGGCAGGGGUCCCCCAGCGCUCGGGGUCUCCGGCUUCCCCUCGCUCUCAGCCCUGCUGUCCCCUAAUGCUCGGGAAAGUCUCCUGCUCCGGCUGGUGCGCGGACCUGCAGCCAGCUCUGGGGAGGGGAACGGCUUUUCAGGGCACAGCUAGGCAUGAAAGGCCCCGGGGUCUUGGCCCACGUGGGGGGGGGGAGGUGCUAUUGAACGGUCAGGGGUUGCCCAGCUUUAAAAUAACAUUACACUAAAACUCGUCUGUAUUGUGAUGCUACUGAGCCAGGCUUUCUAACACAACGGGGGAGGGAUAGCUCAGUGCUUUGUGCAUUGGUCUGCUAAACCCAGGGUUUAAUCCUUGAGGGGGCCAUGUAGGGAUCUGGGGCAAAAUCAGUACUUGGUCCUGCUAGUGAAGGCAGGGGGCUGGACUCGAUGACCUUUCAAGUUCCCUUCCAGUUCUAGGAGAUAGGAUAUCUCCAUAAAUUAUUAAAAACAAGAGGUCAAAAGGCCUCACAACUGCGCAUAAUAGUGAUAUUAGUCUAUGUAAAUUAAGAACUGAAACCCUUUACUAGACGUGGAGAGACAAGUGACCGAGGAGACAACUACGCCCAUAAAACCUGAUGGGUUCAGAAUGGGAUGCAGAUUCAUGGCAUUUGCUGCCUCUAAACCCCUCUGUUGUCCUCAAACAAAGGUCAGUGAGAGAAGCUCAUGAUCAGACUACAGAGUGUUCCCUGGGGACUGUGAUGGCAGCAGUUCAAGCAGUGGAGAGGAAAGUUAAGUCCUACACCCUGCGAUUGCUGAAUCUGGAGAGGAGACUGGGGAGUGCUGAGAAGAAACUAAUAGGCUGCGAGAAAACAGCAUGGGAGUUUGAUACCAAGCUGGAGAGUAAGUGGGCCAUGUUGGGAACGGUGAUCCAGGAGAAUAAUCUGCUGCAGAGGAGGCUGGAGAACUUGGAGAACCUGCUGAAGAACAGGAACUUCUGGAUCAUGCGACUCCCCCCAGGCGCUAAGGGGGAGGUGCCCCAGGUGCCGGUGACGUUCGAUGACGUCUCCGUCUAUUUCAACGAGCAGGAGUGGGCGAACUUAGACGAAUGGCAGAAAGAGCUUUACAAGAACGUGAUGAAAGAGAAUUAUGAGACCCUGAUCUCCCUGGAUUCUGCUGUUUCCAAACCUGACAUCCUGUCUCAGAUUGAGCGAGGGGAAGAGCCCUACCUAAGGGAUCAGCCAGGAUCCCAGGAUAGAUCAGGAGAAAAAGAUCAGAGUGAAGAGGGAUCAGAGGAAAAUGAAGUCCCUAUAGACGCCUACCCAGAAUCUCCGGUUUCUACCAUGGAUAUUUUAUCGUGGGUUAUACAAGAGGAGGAGCCCUGUGAGAACAAUCAGCCAGGUCUGGAGGGGAGACCGAGCCCUACAGAUUGCAGCACUGGAGAUGGCCAGUUAAUGACAAAAGAAACCAGGUUUGAUGGGGAUUGUGAACCUGAAAAUCUGGAGGCAGAGGGGGAAUUACCAGGAAGACCCAGAGAGAAGGUCCUCCAGACCUUGGCUGAGGCUGAGAGCCAGCUGUGCUCUAAGCAGCCAGACCCUGAGAAGAAAAGGUGGUGCGACUCCACUGAAGGGGAGAGUGGCUUAAAGACGCUGAGUGUCUGCCCGCGGAACCGCCCGAGGGACAGACUAUACCCUUGUACAGAGUGCGGGAAGAGCUUUCGGCUGAAGAUCAACCUUAUCAUUCACCAGAGGAGCCAUGCAAACGAGGGGCCGUACGAGUGUCCUGAGUGUGAGAUCCGCUUUGCUUCCAAGCAGCAUCUUGCUCUGCAUCAGAGGAUUCACACAGGAGAGGGAGCUCCGGCACCUGGACUUGGGGAAAGCAGCGAUCUGAAGCUGAGACUCUGCCCAGGAAUGGAGGCCAAGGGAACCGCCCGCAGAAGCACGAGAAGCAAAUCCGGCAUCGGGGAGCACCGGCCGAGCCACACUGAUGAGAGGCUGUACAUGUGCCGCCCGUGUAAGAAACACUUCUCCCAGGAGAUAGAUCUAACGAGGCACCAGAGGACUCACAGCAAGAUCUUCCCAACGUGCACCGUGUGCUGGAAGACGUUCACCUGCUCCUACAGCCUCCGCAGGCACCAGAUGGUCCAUUCUGGAGAGAGGCCGUAUCACUGCCCCGACUGCGAGAGACGCUUCGCCCGCAAGCUGAACCUCUUGCGGCACCAGAGGGUCCAUGCCAGGGAGAAGAUCCUGAGGAUGCGGCGAAUGCACCGACAGAUCGCCCGGCAUUCACCGCCCUCUGAAGCACCGGGGCAGCCACUGCAGGGAGAAGCUACCAGCUCCCAGUCCACAGAAACCUUCACUGCUCACCAGACAACGCACCCGGGAGAGACGUGAUCGCUGCACCCACUGCAACAAAAGCUUCUACCGUGACCAGUCUCAAUUACCAGUACAGAUCUCACACUGGGCGAAGGGAGGGGCUUCCCAGCUCCCAGCACACGGGGACAGCCCAGCCCCACUGGCUGUAAGAACAGGAAAUAAGGCAGUCGCCGGCGAGGACUGAUAAAUUAUCACCUGGGAAAGGAUGCAGCAAGCACUGGGUGAUGUUCUUUGGCCUGGGUUGUGCAGGAGUUCAAAGUAGAUGAUCAUAAUGGUCCCUUCUGGCCUUAUCUAGGGAGUGACGCCCAGGUGAGCAUUGUCCAGCUGCCUCUGAAAUGUCAGGGUGGCUGGAAUCUCAGGGAAACCGUGUCAGUGUCUAGGUGCAUCUUGGAGCUGAGGGGCCCCGUCUGAACUGUAGAGAAUCCACAAGUCCGAUAACUGGGGCUUUCCCCUGCAGGGGAACGGAGCAGGAGGGAGUGCUUGGAUGCCAUGGUGGGGAUGGUCCUGUGGAGGCCCACACAGAUCAAUAUGCUUUGCAGUUCCUUAUGUUCUCAGCAGGGCUUUCUAGUUCUCUGCCUCUGCCCUAUUCGCUAAUGCAUUACCUGAUUCCCACGUCGCUUUCCCGGGUAUUGGAGACUCUGCUUGUCAGUUAGACUUUGGUUUCAUUCAGCACCGAUCCCGUUAAGGUUUUACGAGGCCGAGAGGUUGUGAGCCCCAAGCACACGCUGCGGGGGGAAGGGUAGGAGUGGGGAGUAACUUGAUGGGGGUUUGGAUCCCUCCCAGCUCCACCGUCAUCGCAUUAUGCAAACUGAUGUGGAGACAGGCAGUAUCCCCCAUGCGUGCCCUUUUGUGACUGAGGGACAGAGCCCCCCAGCAGCACAGAGUGGGGGCAUUCAGGUCUUAGAAGCUACUGGGGGGGAGUGGGUGUAGGAUAAAUAUGAAACUAAAGAAUUAGGGUUAGUAAAUUGCUCAUUACUUAGGCUUUUUAGGCACGUUUAGAGCAAUUGCAUAAAUACCAUUUGGCCUUUGGAUUUGACAGUUUGAGUGGCAUGGUAAUAGCCUGCCUCAGUAAUAAUUCCAGCAGAGGGGUUGAGUCUCCAGCAGUCCACGGGUGGAAAUCAUGACUGCUCUGACCCAUCAUGUGACGCUGGAGCCCAUCACUGGCUUUGGGAAAUACUAACAAAUGAUGGGAAACACACGGGGCUGGCCAGAUGAAAAGCCAAUCAGGCCUAGCUCCCUUUUCACUGCCCCAGACCGUCUCGGAGUUGUAGCGAGGAGAGCUGGGCAAGGAACGGUUUUCCCAGCCGCAGAAACUGCCGGGACUGCAAAGAUUUUGUCCUGUUCUGCAUCGGGCCAAAACUCAGACCUUUCAAAAAUUUCCCGAGACAUCUGCCCCGCCAGCAGAAUAGCCAGUAGCCCAGAGGUUGGGGCACUCUGCAGAGAUGUGGGAGAACCAGGUUCGAAGCUUGACUCUGCCUGAUUCAAUCUCAGGACCUUGUAGCUGAAUUUUUUAAUAUAUAAAUAAUCGUAUAAUUAUGUAAGCUGUGUGUGGGUACUAGAUUAGAGUUGUCCAUGUGGUAGAAUAUGAGUAGGCUCCCAGCACAGGGGCAUGGGACUAAUGAGAGUGGGUCUCUGAUGAGUACGUAAGGCUGUAACGCUAGGCCUACAGGCGUUAGGGCUGUAAGAUGCAUAGCAUGGCCAGAGAGGGUCUCGGAGCUAGAACAGGUGGGCAUGACUAGUUGACUGAAAGAUAACCCUGUUCCAGGAACGUAUGAGAUUACUGUAAAAGGUGUGUUAAGUGCUGAUAUUCAGGAAACUGCAGCUUAGGUUCUAGUCUGUUCCUUGUAUAAUGCACCAGUUAAUACCGCAAGGUGCCCGAGAGUGACAUUUUGGGGGAUUUUGUAAUAACCUCACAUUGCUGAGGUAACUCAUUGACAUGGAUGUUAGUGAGAAUGAGGGGACAGCCAGUGAGGAAUGUGGGGUGUGGAAGCAUGGAUAAAGGGAGAAGGGGUUGCAGCCUGUCCAUGUAUAUAUGAGCCUUAGGGUACGUCUUCACUACCCGCCGGAUCCCUGCCGGAUCGGCGGGUAGUAAUCGAUCUAGCGGGGAUUGAUUUAUCGCGUCUCGUCUAGAUGCAAUAAAUCGAUCCCCGAACGCGCUCCC